AUGUGGCUGUGCCUGGCGGUCCUUGUGGGCCUGUACUACCUCCUGCGCUGGUACCGGGAGAAGCAGGUGGUGAGCCACCUCCAGGACAAGUUCGUCUUCAUCACGGGCUGUGACUCGGGCUUCGGGAACCUGCUGGCCAGGCAGCUGCACCUGCGAGGCUUCAGGGUUCUGGCUACGUGUCUGACGGAGCAGGGGGCCGAGCAGCUGAGGAACCAGACGUCAGACAGGCUGGAGACAGUGAUCCUGGACAUCACCAAGACUGAGAGCAUCGCUGCGGCCACUGAGUGGGUGAAGGAGCGUGUCGGGGACAGAGGACUCUGGGGCCUGGUGAAUAAAGCUGGCAUCUCCAUGCCCACCACACCCAAUGAGUGGCUGACCAAACAGAACUUCAUGAAGAUACUGGACGUAAACCUGUUGGGGGUGAUCGAGGUGGCCCUGAGUCUGCUGCCCCUAGUGCGGAAGGCGAGGGGCCAUGUGGUCAACGUCUCCAGUGUUGGGCCGGGUGUCUCUCUUUGGUGGGAGCUUCUCCAUGUCCAAGUACAAUGCUGA